AUAUUACCCCAAGAAAGAAAACCCAAAUUACCCAACAUCAGCAGCAUCGUGAGGUCUAGUUUAGCGUAUACCGCCUCUGUAUCCCGGGGAUAUAAUCAGACGUCCAUUAGAAUUUCAGAUCUUCUAUUUCGUUUUUCUUAUAUCCGAUCAAUCCCCCAAAACUCCUCGACCAGAUUAAUUUAUCAAAUUGAAGGCGGCCGCAUCGAAUUGAUCUAAUCCUCACGCUUUGCUGUUUCUAGGGUUUCGCGAACAAUGGCUACCGCAUCAAUGGCGUUUAAGUCCAGAGAGGAUCACAGGAAGCAGAUGGAAUUGGAAGAAGCACGUAAAGCUGGACUUGCUCCUGCCGAGGUGGACGAGGAUGGCAAAGAAAUUAAUCCUCAUAUUCCUCAGUAUAUGUCCUCUGCCCCUUGGUAUCUUAAUGCUGAAAGACCGAGUUUGAAACAUCAAAGGAAAUGGAAGUCAGAUCCGAAUUAUACAAAAGCUUGGUAUGACAGAGGAGCAAAAAUAUUUCAGGCUGAAAAGUAUAGGAAAGGUGCAUGUGAGAACUGUGGAGCAAUGACACAUAAUGCAAAGGCAUGCAUGGAUAGGCCUCGCAAAUUAGGAGCAAAAUGGACAAGCAAAAAUAUUGCCCCAGACGAGAAAAUAGAGUCUUUUGAACUUGAUUAUGAUGGGAAAAGGGAUCGCUGGAACGGGUAUGACGCAGCAUCGUAUGCCCAUGUUAUUGAACGAUAUGAAGCUCGGGAUGAGGCUAGAAAGAAAUAUUUGAAGGAUCAGCAGCUUAAAAAAUUAGAGGAGAAAAAUAAUAACCAAGAUGUUAGUGGCGGAGUCAGCGAUGAUGAAGAGAAUGAAGAUGAUUUGAGGGUAGACGAAGCAAAGGUUGAUGAAAGUAAGCAGAUGGAUUUUGCUAAGGUGGAGAAGCGUGUGCGUACCACUGGUGGUGGAAGCACUGGAACUGUCAGGAAUCUCCGUAUUCGAGAAGAUACAGCUAAGUACCUUCUUAAUCUGGAUGUUAACUCUGCGCACUAUGAUCCCAAGACUCGAUCCAUGCGUGAGGAUCCUCUUCCAGAUAUGGAUCCUAAUGAGAAGUUUUAUGCUGGUGAUAAUCAAAAUAGAGUAAGUGGUCAAGCUUUGGAGUUCAAACAGCUCAAUAUCCAUGCUUGGGAGGCUUUUGAGAAAGGAAAUGAUGUUCACAUGCAAGCAGCUCCAUCACAAGCCGAACUGUUGUAUAAAAAUUUUAAAGUAAACAAAGAAAAGCUGAAAUCUGAAGUCAAGGAUACCAUUAUGGAGAAGUAUGGUAAUGCAGCUACUGCAGAUCCACUUCCAAAGGAGCUCUUACUAGGACAAAGUGAGAAAGAAGUCGAAUAUGAUCGUGCUGGUAGGAUUGUGAAAGGACAGGAGAUGGCCCUUCCAAAGAGCAAGUAUGAAGAAGACGUUUACAUCAACAACCAUACCACUGUUUGGGGUUCCUGGUGGAAUAAUCACCAGUGGGGAUAUAAGUGCUGCAAACAGUCGAUUCGAAACAGCUAUUGUACAGGUGCAGCUGGAAUUGAAGCUGCUGAAGCUGCAGCAGAUCUCAUGAAGGCCAAUAUUGCUCGUAAAGAGGCUACAGAAGAGGUAGAUGUCCCAGCUGAGGAGAAGCGAUUUGCCACUUGGGGAACUGAUAUACCAGAUGAUUUGGUCCUAGACCAAGCAAAAUUAUCAGAGUCUCUCAAAAAGGAGGAUGCCAGGAGGCGAGAAGAAAAAGAUGAAAGGAAGCGCAAGUACAAUGUGAAGUGGAAUGAUGAAGUUACUGAGGAGGAUAUGGAGGCCUACAGGAUGAAGAAGAUCCAUUCUGAUGAUCCAAUGAACAACUUUAUGUGAUUGCAGUGUGACAGUUUAUGAAACUGGUGUUUAUGAUGUACUGAGAGGGAAAACAGAAAUAAAAACCCAUGUUAUGAAAACCACUCGCCUUCCAGAUUUUAUUUUGUGUUUAAUUGUUAAGCAACUAUAUACAGUGCAGCUACUUUGUACAUCUAAUCUUUCUAGAAUUUCUCUCAA